AUGACGAGCAGAACUAUGAACGGAUGCAUUCAAAAUUAUCAUUUACAGUGCUGCUGGCGAGUUGGCGAGAUGCACACAGCCAGUACAGAGGGACAGUACCGCAGUGCCAAUGGCACGGCGAAUGGGAGGGAUAAAGUGGCCAUAUUGGAUGCUGGUUCACAGUAUGGGAAGGUGAUAGACAGAAGAGUUCGCGAGCUAUGUGUAGAAUCAGACAUACUUCCACUGGACACGCCGGCGUACCAUCUCAAAGAGACGGGAUAUCGGGCUAUCAUCAUAUCUGGUGGUCCAAAUUCUGUUUACGCAGAGGACGCGCCUAGAUAUGACGCAGAUAUAUUCAAGAUUGGCCUGCCGGUCUUAGGUAUAUGUUAUGGUAUGCAAAUGUUGAACAAAGAGUUUGGUGGCUCAGUGCUGAGGAAGGAAGCUCGGGAGGACGGCCAGUAUGAAGUGGAAGUCGAAACCACAUGUCCUUUAUUUAAUCGCCUCGAAAAACUCCAACCCGUACUGCUAACCCACGGCGAUAGUGUUCAAAAAGUUGGUGAGAAGUUCCGAGUGGGCGCGCAGUCCUCUAACCACCUCAUUGCGGCCAUCUACAACGAACAGAUGCGGCUGUAUGGUGUGCAGUUCCAUCCCGAGGUGGAUCUAACGCCGAAGGGCAAGCAGAUGCUGUCCAAUUUCCUGUUCGACAUCGCGGGCAUGUCGCGCACGUUCACGCUGCGCUCGCGCCGCGACGCCUGCGUGCAGUACAUACGGGACGCGGUCGGGGAUAACAAGGUUUUGGUACUAGUAAGCGGUGGUGUGGACUCCACAGUAUGCGCGGCAUUGCUUAGAACCGCACUACGUGAGGACCAAGUCAUCGCCCUACAUAUAGAUAAUGGUUUCAUGCGUAAGAACGAGAGUGCAAAAGUCGAAAGAUGCCUGCGCGAACUUGGAGUACGCUUGCACGUUAUAAACGCUGCACAUCAGUUCCGACAGGGCAGCACGACGGUGCGCGAGGCGGGCGGGCGCACGCGCCACACGCCGCAGCUGUGCCACACCGCCGCGCCCGAGGACAAGCGCCGCAUCAUCGGCGACGUGUUCAUGCGCGUCGCCGAGCACGCUGUGCGCGACGUGCUCAACCUGCAAGAGGAGCAAGUACUCCUCGGCCAGGGCACACUUAGACCGGACCUGAUUGAGUCGGCGUCGGCGCUGGCGUCGGGCGCCGCCGCCGCCAUCAAGACGCACCACAACGACACUGAGCUGGUGCGCGCGCUGCGGGCCCGCGGACGCGUCGUGGAGCCCCUCAAGGACUUCCAUAAGGACGAGGUGCGAAUCCUUGGCACAGAGCUAGGGCUGCCGGCGGCGCUGGUGGAGCGCCACCCGUUCCCGGGGCCCGGGCUCGCGGUGCGCGUGCUGUGCCAGGACGAGCCCUACGCUGACAGGGACUUCGCCGAAACACAAGUGAUCGUAAAAAUAAUGGUAGAGUACGCGUCGAUGUGCGUGAAGUCGCACGCGCUGCUCGGGCGCGUGUCCAACGCGACGACGCCCGCGGAGCAGGCGGAGCUCAAGCGCAUCUCGUCCGCCGCGCCCGUCGCCGCCGCGCUGCUGCCCGUGCGCUCCGUGGGCGUGCAGGGCGACUGCCGUACAUACAGCUAUGCCGUGGCGCUGUCGACGGAGCGCUACCCGCCCGACUGGCAGGACAUGCAUUACCUCGCCAAAAUCAUACCACGGGUUUGCCACAACGUUAACAGGGUGUGCUACGCGUUCGGUGGUCUGAUUAAAGAACAAGUGACAGAUAUCACGCCGACGUUCCUGUCGCAGCAGGUCAUCUCAACUAUACGCCAGGCAGACGAUCUUGCUACACAGAUACUGAUGUCGAGCGGCAUGGGGUCCCGCGUGGCGCAGAUGCCGGUGGUGCUGAUCCCGGUGCACUUCGACCGCGACGCGGGGCUGCGCGCGCCGUCCUGUCAGCGCUCGCUCGUGCUCCGCCCCUUCAUUACCAACGAUUUCAUGACCGGCGUCGCCGCCCUGCCCGGUUCUGAUGCCAUGCCGCAGGAUGUGGUGGACCGAAUGCGCAAGGAGCUGAUGAGUGUGCCCGGCAUCUCGCGCGUGCUCUACGACCUCACCCCGAAGCCACCAGCCACCACCGAGUGGGAA